UCAGACGAUUGCAGUAACAGCACUGGUCAGAAACAAGCACCGAUCGACAUAUGCAAGGAGAUCGUUGAUUACGAUAGCAGUCUGAAAUCAAAGAAUCUCAAAUUCAGUUACACGAUCGGCGAUUUCAAAACUGUCAAAGUGAGUUGCAGAUUCACGACGGAAUCACAAGCUAUGCAGCACCCAUGCAUGCUGUUCAAUCAAGUAAUAGCCUCACAUUUCAUUUUUCAAUGCACAUGUCCAAAUGAAAAGCAAACCGCUCUCUCGGUAAGCUCUCAUAGUCAAUUCUAUCGCAAGGAUUCACGUGCAAGGCAAGCCCUACUGCUACGUCUAGUGAGUAUAUUUCAGAUCAUACCGUAUCAUAAAAUAUCAUUUAACGGUCCAUUUCAAACGUUCGAAUGUGGUACCAAACAAAAUGCUACAUCCCAUCAUAUACAUCUACUGCUCACUAUAUCUCAGGGAGAGAGCAAUAUGAACAAAUUUUAUGUUCUUUUCAUGCUGAUGAAUAUGAAAGUGCUCAUUUCAGCACUAUCCGCUGAUCAUCUAAAAGACGUUUAUCGCCUCAAAGAGUUCCACGGUCAUUGGGGUUAUACCGAAGAGGAUGGCAGUGGACAUCAGCUUAAUAGACAUGCUUUUUCUGGGGAGUUGCAUUUCACAUUCUGGAAGCAGAAAUACGGUACAUACAAGCAGUGCUUGGCUUUCUCCGAUGGGAUAGCUAUAUUGGCGGUUUUUCUUUCGUUGAACAUUCUGCGCACGGUAACUGGUGAUAAUGCACGCGAAAUGCAAUCAGUCAACGAUCGACGGGUAAGAAGAGACGAGCACGAAGGUAGCAGUGGCGAGAAACAAAGUCCGAUUAAUAUCACCAAACAAAUCAUCGAUUACGACCCCACACUGAAAUCGUCACAACUCAAAUUUUCAUAUACUCUCGGCGAUGCAACCACUGUUGAGAUCAAGGAGAAAGGAUUCAGUGUGAAAAUGAAGGAAACAGCAACAUCAAGUUGGCACUUUCAUUAUAUCAUUGCUCAACCUACAGAUGCUUUUCUAGCUUUGGUUGGUAGUCAUUUACCAGCCACAUAUCGAUUUAGAGAGUUCCACGGCCAUUGGGGCGGUACCGAGGAGGAUGGCAGUGAACACAGGCUUAAUGGACGUGCUUUUUCUGGAGAGCUGCAUUUCAUGUUCUGGGACACAGAACACAAAACCUAUGAAGAAGCGUUAAAGAAAUCAAAUGGAAUAGCAAUACUCGCUGUUUUUGUUCUGAUGGACGCUGAAGACAAUAGCAAAUUCACUCCACUCUUAAGCGCUAUCGAGGAAUCACUCGCUAAAGAAGAACCCAUCCCGAUACCCCAAAACUUUGACUUUUCAUCCCUAUUACCUGAUAAGCUUCACUACUAUACAUACGAAGGAUCGAUAACGGUACCGCCAUUUUCUGAAUGCGCACUCUGGACAAUUCUACAUCGUCCUAUACCGAUCGGAAUGCAACAGCUAGAGAUGUUACGAACCGUGGUCGGAGAUAAUGCACGUGCGAUGCAAGAUGUUAACAAACGGCGUGUGAGAUGUUCUUUCAAAACGGUUGCGAAGCACUGA